UAAAAGAGGUGGGAAGGAGAGAAAGACAAGAGAGAGAGAGAGGGAGAGAGGGAGGGAGUCAGCUGAUGGCGCAGUGGUGUGUUGCCACUCUCACCACCAACACCAACACCCGUUUAACAAAAGAGAAAAGGAAGGAAAAAGAGGAAAACAAGAGACCCAUAAGAAGAGAAAAGCAAUAGAAACGAAAAGAGGAAAACCAAUAACCUAGUCAGUGAAGAACCACAUCAGGGAGCAACCGUUACAGGGACAAGACUCGACUCUGAACUGUACCACCAACACCACCACCACCACCACCACCACCAUGACCAAGUUCUGGAGGCAUGCUUUCGUCUCCUCAGCGUGUGUGAGGAGAAUACUGCUAACACCACCACCACCCCCCCCCUACACCUGCACCCUCGCAUCCCUUCCACAGGUGGCAAUGAGAGGCAGGUGUCGAGGUCUCCAGACACUGACAGCAAGACCGGCCAGACCCAGCGUGUCCGUCAACCCCCCCGCUGGUGCGUCCAGGGGUGGAGGGGUGGGAGUGGGUCUGACUCCUCCCCGUCGUCACCUUUGGGGGUGGCUCAAUGCUAUCUUCAACAAGGUGGAUGAGAGUCGUAUCCGUGACGUGGGUCCGGACCGGGCGUGUGCUGAGUGGCUGCUGCGGUGCGGGGCUUUGGUGCGCUGGCUGGAACGUGACCAGUGGACCAAAGACUACAACUCCCUCCCGGUGACUGGCUCCCGCGCCCUCAAGAUCGAGGAGGUGGACGCCACGGACUCUGCCAUCAUGCACAUCGGCUUCCCGCACUUCAAAAACUGUAAAUACAUCCGUCGCAUCAUCUUCCACCGCGCCUCCUACCUGGAUGACGACGCCCUGAGCAUGCUGUCCGUCCUCAGCCCCUCCCUCAAGCAGCUCCAGAUUUCCGCCUGUGGGAACAUCACCGCCGAGGGCUUGAGGCACCUGCACCAGCUCAAGAACCUGGAUUACCUUCUGCUGUACGACCUGCCGGAGAUACAGGACAAGGAUGCUGUGGUGAGGGAGCUUGAGGCGGCACUGCCCGGCUGUCGAGUGGACUUCCCCUACGCCCUCGCCAAGGAUGACCCCUCGCUGAAGGAGAAGGAGAAGGAGGACGAAGAGAAGGAUGCAGGGAGGAAGAAGGGAUAAGAUGUGUUUCCUUUCCUUCAGUCACUUAAAUUGGUUCCUACGUCCUUGAUUAUAAGUAGAUGUUGACUGUGAUAAAUUUUAGGUUUAUGAGGUGAGAGUAUUAUUUAACCCAGUAGCAGCGAGGACCAUGUUUCUUAAUGGUCCCUCCAAACGAGAAAAAUGAGAAAAAAUCACCUCUCACACAAACCAUUUCAUAAUAUAUAUCAAAGCAUUUGUGAUCAGAUUAUGUAUCAUCUAUUUUGGGGAGUUUAUAUCAUGGCACAAAUUUGGCCCGUCGCUGCUACCAGGUUAACUGUAAUAAGGAAGUAGAAAAUAAGGUCUUUAUCAAUCAAUUAUUUUUUUGUUAAGUGGGUUUUUUUUUUUUCCUAACCUGUUUUCAUGGCUGUAAAAAGAUUAAUCAAAAUGCAUCAGUGACCUUCCAUACAAAAGUUAUAUAUCCAAAAAACACAAAAAUGGCAGGAUGUUCUGUACAUAUAUCAUUUAUAUGAAACCAAUAAAUGAAAAUAACUUAU